UUACCGAAAUGGAUUUUACAAACAAAACAAAUCAAACCUGAGUGAAAAUUUACAUUUAAAGGAAUGGAGUCCAGCCAUAUGCCAGUCAGUCCAGACAUUGAUGAACAACCACCAACAUGGAACAGUGGGGCUGCAUUUCAGAUCAAAACAGAGGACGAGAAUGACAGUAUCAUCAUGGAUGAAGAUUCUAAGGGGGGUAACCCAAUUAUUACGGGAAACUUGGUGGAGGACAUAGUAACAGCACAGGUUGAGGCUAUUGCAGAACAAACUAUAGAUUUGGCAGAAGGAACUGGAGUUUGGACUGAAAACAAUGAGGUUUCCAUGGAAACUACUUCAACACCACACAGCACAGAGGAUGAAAUAAAUGCAGCACCAGCAAUACCAGCGACAGAUAUUCACAGUACAGAAAUGGUGACUACGGAGUUACCUCCCACUAACAUGACAGAGAAUUUCAGAUCGUAUAUGGGACAUUUAUCAGAUCUGAGACAUCAGGACGUUGUUGAAAUGUACUCAUCAGAAGACAGUGAUACAGGUGAAAGAUCAUGGAUAGGUCCUCGACCCUGUCGUCAUGGUAACCCUCGACAACCAGUAAUUAGAGAGAAUUGUAACAUUGCCCCCCGAGUGGAACCUUCAGAUGAUAAUCAGGACAGUAGACUGUAUGACUCACUCAAUCCUUAUUCUCUGUUUAAUCUUCCAACUCCUGCUUCAGUCCGUUCUAAUCAGCAUUAUCACGUUCGUCCAGAAGAUAGAACAAGUGGAAACGACAGUCGUCAAUUCAAUAGACAUCGUAAUGUACCCUUCCACCAGAGGGAGCCUCCACACAAUGAUCUGUUUUCAGAUUCUUCUGAUUCAUCAGUGAUUAAUCAUCUUUAUCGUGGUGACAGAUUGAGUGCUUUCCACGGAGAAGUUCCUAGUAUUAAUAACAAUUCUGAUCAUUGUUCAGUUAUUCAUCCCUUUGGUGAACAUAGUGGACCCAUGUGUCGACCAUGUGCUAGAAAACCAUGGCAACAACGUGGCCCAAGUCAUCAGGUCUCUGGUUUAGAUCUCUCUAGUGAAUCUUCUCGAAGUCGUGCACUUAAUGAACAAAUUCAAACCACGCCAUCUUCUAACACGGGUGCUAAUUCUGAACUUCUUAUGGACAUGGAUGAAGGUCAAGGUCAGCCAAUGUCUAUGUAUGAAAUGUCAAGGUCAGCCUUCAGACGCUACCAACAAAAUAAAAACACAAAUGGGGAAGAUUCUGUAGGGACAGCUGGUGACAAUAAUGAACAGGGUCAAGAAUCCUUUGAGUUCAGAGGUCAAUCACCUGUUGUACCAGAGGUCAAUUUAUCAUCAGGUUCAGAGGACAGUGAUGUAGAAGUGCUACAUAUCGAGACAAACAGACCGAGGAGAAGAUUAGAGUCUAAUGGUCGUGCUACUGUUGUUGUAGAUCUUACAGAAUCAGACGAUGCUGAUCCUGUAGAGGCUCAGACCAUGGCAACGCCAGUAGAUGUUCCUCCUGUUGUCCAAUCAUCAGAAGUUGCUAAGGACACACCUACCUCUAGUAACCAUGACAACAACACAAAUCAAGAACAGACAACUCCAGGAAUGUUCAAUGGAAUACCAAGAAUGCCAAGACAGGCUUGGAGACAGCCACCCCCUGCUCAUGUUCAUGUAGACCCCAGAGUAUCUCAAGGAGGCUGCAGGUCACAUGACCAUGAUAGACAGUCAUGUGGGCAUAAUUGUCAACAGAGACAGAGGCGUCAGGCCUUCAUGCAGCAUAUAAACAGACCUCCAUGUGGAUGUGCCAGGUGUUUACAUGAACCUGUCCAUUCACACAUGCAUCUUCCACAUCAGCCAAACAGUGGGCGUGGUCACCACACCCAUCACGGACAUCUGCCUACCUCACAUGCACAUGGACAUUGCACUGGUUCCUGUGACCAUGGCAACCCAGGAAGUUUCCAUCACACCCACCACCACCAGACGCCAGUACAUCCCCACCCCCACCCCCAACCUCCACCUUUACCCCCACGAGCUCACAUUCAUCAUCACCACUAUCACCCAGGGGCAUUUCCCCUGCCACCAAUACUGCCGUUUAUUGUGCACCACCAGCCUAUGGAGUUACAGGCCAGGAACAUCGAAGGGCCACCACUGUUCCAGCACCAACCAAUGCCACAACAGCCACAAGUCAGUGGUGACACUUGUCACAUACCAAACUCUCAGCCUUCUCAGAUGACCUGGUCCCCAUGGCAAGGACCAAUGGUGCCACCACCUAAUCAAGGGAAUUCAUGUGGAACAGACAAUAGACCCCAGCAGGGACCUGUGGACCUUGCUGGAAGAAUGUGUGGACAGAAUCAGAUGAAUCCUCUUCCACAGCAUUUACAGCAUCAACAUCUACAUCAUCAUCUACACUACCAUCCUCCCCGACUUCAUCCGUUCUCUGUACCAGCAAUACUGCCAUCAACAGACCUCCCUCCCAUGUACAUUCCACCGCCAAUGAGUCCGAUGUUAAAUCUUCCACGUAAUAUGCAAAUGAGAUUGAGAGGAAUGAUGUUACAUCACAGACCGUCUUAUGAGGAACUUUUACACCUGGAAGAAAGACUUGGUAAUGUAAAUCGUGGUGCUAGUCAAGAUGUUAUUGAACAAAAUACACUUCCACAUACGUAUAAAAAGGUCACAAAGAAAAUGGAUUCUGAUGUAGACGACAAUCUUCAGGAGAAAUGCACCAUCUGUUUGAGUGAGUUUGAAGAUGGAGAAGAUGUCAGGAGAUUACCAUGUAUGCAUUUAUUCCACAUAGAGUGUGUUGAUCAGUGGUUAGUCACCAACAAAAAAUGUCCCAUUUGUAGAGUUGACAUCGAAGCAGGGUCAAAAGGACAUCUAAGUCAGGAAUGACAUAUGGCCUUUAUACAGACAAAGUGUCAGGAUGAAUUUCUUAUUUGAAUAAGUCUGUACUAAUUAUAAUGUAGUGGAAAAUUUUAAACAUAAUACACUGCCUUUCUAAUUCUUUGAAAAUUUAUUUCAUUUAUCGAUAAUUUAACAUAGUUGAACAGACCUUGAUCACAUUUGUAGGUAAUUAUAUUCUGUCAAACAGACCUUUGUUUGUGUAAAGUUUGUGUCAAACAGACCUUUGUUGGUGUAAAGUUUUGUGUCAAACAGACCUUUGUUGGUGUAAAGUUUUGUGUCAAACAGACCUUUGUUGGUGUAAAGUUUUGUGUCAAACAGACCUUUGUUGGUGUAAAGUUUUGUGUCAAACAGACCUUUGUUGGUGUAAAGUUUUGUGUCAAACAGACCUUUGUUGGUGUUUUGUUUAAGUAUUAUUAACACCAUUGUAACAACAAAGUAUGACAAUUAUCUCCAAUUAUUUAACAUCUAUAGUUUUCACUCAUUUUUCUGUACAAAUCUGUUUCCUAUUGUUUAUUAAUGUCGCAAUCUUUAAUUCUCACUAAUUUACAAUAUCAAAUAAAUUUUGAAUUUUUAUUGAUAAAAAUGGCUAUAAUUUGGCCAGCCUCCAUAAAGAUAAUAUGUGAUGCACUAACAAAUCAUUUUUUUGCCAGAUCCUUUGCACUUCAUCAUUUUUGACCCAUUUUCUCUGUAAAAGCAUGGACUCUAUAUACCAUGCUUGAUCCAUAUGCUCUGUAUAGGCAGGGACACAGUUUUUCUUACCCAGGAGUUGUUUCCCCUUGCAUACAAAAUCGGAACAUAAGAAUUUAACUGUCUCAGGUAUUAAAAUGUUGUGUCAAAUGCACUAAGAUCAUGUGUCAUUACCCCUUCCCUAUGAAUAUAAGAUGUGCAGCAUUUCUUCCCCUCCUUUAAGUUAUGAUAAGGGAAUUAUGCUUUAUUUUCUCCUGUUGUUCUAUAAAUUAAGGCUAUACAUUGGACGGUAUCAUCUUUAUCUGCCCUUUCCUCUUAAGCCAUACAUGGGUAGGUACAAUGUAUAUAAUAUUUCUACCUCCCGCUAAGCCAUACAUACGAAGGUAUAUAAUAUUUCUAAGACUCCCUCUAAGCCAUACAUGGGGUGGUAUUAUAUUUCUAUGUCUCUAAGCCAUACAAAGGGAAGUAUACUUUUAUCCCUCCGUCUUAGCCAUCCACCUAGAGGUAUAUUGUAUUCAUCAUAUACAUAGAUCUGUACGGUACAAAGAGGGAAUGUAGUCUUUACAUAAAUCUUUUAAAUUAACUUUUUGAUAAAUAUUCAAUUUGAUUGUAUCAUGAACUGUAUUUUUAUGCCCCCGCCAUGGCGGAGGGGGCAUUAAGUUUUACCCAUGUCCGUCUGUACGUACGUCAGUCCGUACGUCCUAAAAUUGGUUUCCGUUCUCUAACUUAAGUUUGCCUCAACCAAAUGUUAUGAAACACAAUGCUUAUUACCACAAAACACAGAUCAAGUUUGAAUUUUGGUGGCGUCACUUUUACUGUUCUAGAGUUAUGCCCCUUUACAAAUGGAAAAAUUGCUGAAUUUUUCGUUUCUGUUAUCUAACUUAAGUUUGCCUGAACCAAAUGUUAUGAAACUGAUACACAAUGCUUAUUACCACAAAACUCAGAUCAAGUACAAAUUUGGGUAGCGUCACUUUUACUGUUCUUGAGUUAUGUCCCUUUAUAACAUUAUAUGCAAGCGGGGGAAUCAUCUGUGUCUCAUGGACACAUUCCCCAUUUAUUUAUAUGUAUGUUUAAAUAGAAAAGUCUUACUAAUGCAUGUUAAAUAGCACAUACAACAAUGUGUAAAUAUACAUAAAUUGACUGAUUUAUUAAUAAUUAUAAUGAUAUAUCUGUGAUAUUAAACGUAUAACAUCUAGAUCAAUGAAUUUAUUUGUGAUUGGAUCAAUGAGUUUAUUUGUGAUCAUUUAAAUGAAAUUAUUUGUGAAUAGAUCAAUGAAUUUAUAUUUCUUUAUCUUUGGUGUUUUCUUGAAUUUAUAUUACUUUAUCUUUGGUGUUUCCCUGAAUUUUUAUUACUUUAUUUUGGAAGUUUUUCCUGAAUUUAUAUUAUGUUAUCUUAGAAGUUUUUCCUCCUCAUUAAUGAAUCAUUUUGACUCAUAGACUUCCUGUAUGUCCAAUACUUAAAGCAGGGUUAUCAUUUGUGAACAAUAACCCACAUUUCAACUUGUUUAAAAUUCUUAAGAAAUACAUCAAUAGAUAGUUGAAAUUAUUCUUAGCAAUUCAAUUCAUCAUGUAGAGGUUGCACAAACCGCAAUUUACAUUAAACGGCAUUUAAGUUAUAAGUCUUAAUUAACUGAUUGACAAAUACAACAGAUUUAAAAUGUAAUUGACAUUUGAGCUGCGUCGGAUAGAAAUCGACUUUAUGCAGGUGCAAGUAUACAUGUACAUGUUUAUGACUUUGAUUGAUUUUGGAACAUUCAAAUACGAAAUAAAAGAUAAAUUUUGGUCUGUUUUGUAGGGUUCCUAUAACAACUCAAUUUUUAAACAGUUUUAGACUUUCCGUAGAGAUUUUGUCAACCUGAAAUAGUUUAACAGUUGUAUUGAUAUUCAUUUGCAUAAGGUCGAUUUUUUUCCGCCACAGCUCAUUUAUUGUUAAUUGAUGUUUGUGUAACCAAGUCCAGAAGUAUAAUAUUUUCCUGUUUGAUCAGGAAAUUAAAAAAAAAUGACCUAUAUAUCAGUAAUCAACUCUUUUGGCUUGUUUGUUGCAUAGAACAACUUUAAAAUAUAUUAAUUUUGGUGAAUGUAGAUUUUAUGAUUUCUAUGGUAACAACUAUGAGAUUUUUCUUGUCCAUCAUUGUCAUCUACCUUUCAGAUAUAAUUUAGGAGAUGGGAUAUUUUCACGAUCUCAUCUUAAUUGUGAAAUAGUGAAAUUUUCCCAUUUUUUGAAUAUGUCAAAGUGUUGUGAUAUUUUAUAUUUAGGGAAAGCAACUCACGUUACUGUUUAUAUUUUGAAAGAGAAUGAAGAAAAGAAUAGAAAAUUGGCUGAUUAUUUAUACACAAAUUAUGCUGUAGACUUGUUUAAUUUACUAUAACAAUGUAUUUCUCAUCACAACAUUACACAUAUUUAUUUAGUCUAAUUAUAGAGUUAUUUCCCCUUAUUUAGUCUAAUUAAUGUGUUGUUGAGUAAUUUGCUGUAAAAUUGUAAAGUACAUUACAGCUCGUUUGGAUGUGUUGUCUCCAUCUGUCCAUGGUGGGCAAACCAUCCAUUACAUUACAGCUCGUUUGGAUUUGUUGUCUCCAUCUGUCCAUGGUGGGCAAACCAUCCAGUACAUUACAGUUCGUUUGGAUUUGUUGUCUCCAUCUGUCCAUGGUGGGCAAACCAUCCAUUUCAUGUCAAACAAAGGUAUCAAUGUUAACAGGGAAGGUAGCAUUGUGUAAUGGAAACUGAGAAUUUUAAAUCCUUUUAUUUAUCACUGCCCAGUGAAGUGACAAAGAUAGCCAAAGUUUUUUAAUGAUAAUUUUCUACGUGGAACACUGACACAGCGGCUAAGAACUGGUACCUGCCACCUAAUAAGAACUUAUAGUAAUCUCCCCUUAUCUAGAGUUCUCUCCCUUUUUCUAGAGUUAUCCCAUUCUCACAUCUAGAUGGUUCUCUCUGCCCAAAUAAUAAGAGGACUUGCCAUUUCUUUUCUUACAUCAUGAAACGAACUUUAAUACAAUACCUAGGAAAAUAAGAUAUGCUAUUGUAUUUAUUUAUUUUUUAUAAAAUCUUUUAUUAAAAUUGAGUGGACUCUCCAGGAUGGACAGAUUGAGAAAGUAAAAUCCUCCCGAGCUGUAGUGUAAAAAUCAAUUGUAAAUUUUCUGUAUUUAUUAGUUUGGUAUGGGUUUUUGAGGGUUUUUUUCCUAAUUUUGACAUGUUAUUACUUCAUCUAUGGUGUUAGAAGGAAAGAGGCACAUUUUAUCCCUAGGUUUCCCAACCAACCCUCCAUAAUCUUAUAUAUACACUAAAAAAAUAAAGAUAUUUGAAUAUUUCUUCGACUUCAUCUCCAAAUGAAUAAACCAUGCGUUUAAUUAAACUGUCUCAGCACCAUUCAUGCAAGAUUAUUGAAUGAUUCUGAAAAUUAAUAAAACCUGGACUUUCGAAAAUUGUCAGUUUGGAUCAUUAGACCAAUACAAAUUUGAAAUGUCUGACACAUCUUGUUACUAUAACAGUCCAAAAGUCUGACACAAUUGAGUGGAUUUUUCAAUUAAAUUUGAAGAAAAUGUAUUUUUGACUGACAAAUCUAAUUAAUAUCUGCCUUUAAGACCAUUGGCUGGCCAUGAGAUUUUUUUUUCUUAAUAACUAAGUAUAGGAAAAGAAAUUUACAUACGGUCCUUUUAAAAGUUAUGUGUCAGAACAAAAUCGUGAUUUGUGAAUUUAUUUGUUGUUUUAAAGUAGUUCAGUGUGGUCUAUUUCACUUGUUUUCCUCUUUUUGAUUUUUUGUAACAUUUUUUAUAUGUAGUUAUUUGUUAAGUUUGUUUAAUCUAUUUAACUUUAAAGCUUUUUAAUAAGAUUUUGUUUGAUUGGUUGUAUAGUGUUUAACACUACAUCCAUGAGGGUCUGGAUGGGCUUAAAAAAUUAAAGAAUACAGAAAUGAAAGACCCCCCAUCCAGACCCUCAUCCAUUGUGACAAGAAUUACAGAAAACAGAAGAAAUGAUUUUUAAGCGUUAAGUUACAUGCAUUUACUAUUGUGAUUGUUGAAAAAUACAAAUAUUGCAAUAAAAAUUUAGAAAGCAAGUUACUUUUUUGGCAAAACCUAUCAUGUCUCAAUUCUCGCAAUAAUAAAAACAUCACGAAAAUUUAUGAUCUUACAGUAUAGGAUUUUGUUUAAUUCACUUUUACUGCAAUAAUGUUUAAUAUUAUAUGAAAGAGACCACAAUAAUAAUUAUUUAUUGAAGGUUAUAAAUUUACAUUUAUGUAUGUGUGCAAUGUUUAUAUUAGGGUGUAUUGGUCGUUUCACCGUUCAAGGACUCAAAGUAGUUUUAUUGUGUAAACCCAAGGUUAAAAUAAGGUCACAUUGUUUGUUGAAUAUCCAUUGUUUUGGAUCAACAAAUCACAAUGUCUUGGUGUAUUACCCAGAAUGCUUGUUACUUGUGUGUUCAAUAAGACAGCAUCCUAACAUUUUAAAAGAAGAAAUAUUAUUUUGUUUUCUUUUUUUUCUAAAAAUUAUUCUACAGAAGACAAAUUAUUGGAUUGUUUCAUUUUUUUUUUUUUAUAAUUAGAAAUGGGUGUGAUAGAAUUAAUCAAAAGUUUUUUUUUCCACAAAUGAAUUAGUAAAUAAAGAUGACUUUUAUAUCUAGACAGUUCAAGGUUAUCAGCUUUACUAUAUAUAUAUAUAUAUAUAUAUAGCUAGCUGGAACAUUUACCUAGAUGUUAUAAGCCUUACAAGCUGGAGCAUUUACUGAGAGUUUUUCAGCCUUACAAGCUGGAGUUUUCAUUGAAUUGUUAUCAGCAUUGCUAGCUGGAGCAUUCACUGAAUUGUUAUCAGCAUUGCUAGCUGGAGCAUUCACUGCAUUGUUAUCAGCAUUGCUAGCUGGAGCAUUCACUGAGACGUUUUCAGCCAUUUAAGCUGCAGUAAACAGUUUAAUAUUAUCAGCCAUAUAAGCUGGAGCUUUAUUGUGAAUUUGGCUUUGUUGAUUUGUAUUUGGGGAUACUAUCCCAUUAUGAUAUGGCUUUGUCUAUUUGUAGAUGGAUUUAGGGAUUUUAUCCCGUUAUUUAUAAUAUUUAGGGGUUAUAAUACCUGUAUUUAUGAUAAUUGUGGUUUUUAAUAUUCACAUUUUUCCUCAAGGAUUUUUGUAUUAAUUAAAUGUUGUGAACUGUACCUAAUACUUAUCUGCAGAUUAUUAUAUAUAAAAUAAAAUAUAGAAAAAUCUCACAA